GAAAUUUCCAACUUGACCCCACUAAAAAGUGAAGCUUUAGACAUACCUAGAAUUACCAGCAAGGAAGUCGCAACGAAAGAGCCAUUCGGCGAGGCCACACGAACCUAUCAACCUCUCUCCGAACCAUCAUACGGGCAUAACACCUCCUCGCAAGCCGCAAUGGCAACCCGACUCCCUAGCGCCCUCCCACGGCGUCCAACCGCCCCCUUAACGUCCUCCUCUCCAUCCAUCCUCUCACCAACUACCACAUCCUCGCUCAAACCCUCCCACACGCCACUCUCCCACACGCCCUCCCGCCCCGCGACCUUAAUCCGGCGCCCCAAACGCCCCUACACCUUCACGCAGCUAGUCCAGCAAAGCGACGGCUCGACCUACACGAUGCGCACGACGUCGCCGUACGCUCUGUACAAGAGCACGAAGGACACGCGCAACCACCUGCUGUGGCAGCCGUCCGACCGCUCCCUCAAGAGCGUCGAGGUCGACGAGGCCGGCAAGCUGGCCGCUUUCCGGUCACGCUUCGGGCGAGGCUGGGAUAUCGAGAAGAGCCCCGAGGUGACGGAGCUGGAGAAGCUCGAGGCUGCUGCUGAGGGCGGCGAGGGCGGUAAGAGUGGUGCUGGAGUAGGGAAGCCGAAGGCUCCGGCGCUGGCGCCGGAGCCGGAGUCGGAGACCGGUGAUGCGCUGAGUGAUUUGGUGGCGAGGUAUGCGAUAAAGGAGGAGCCUGCACCAAAACCGAGAAGGGGUAAAGGCCCAGCGAAGAAAUAAGGUUGGGUUGAUGAUGCGAUUACAAUCGAGACGGACAUGGGGGGGUGAAGAUCUACGCCCCCAUAAGCAGGCUUGCUAUCUACGGUGGAUAUGGGAAUUCGGAAGGCUACGAGGUGGGAGCUCACAAACAUCAUGUGAUGGUGUACCUAUCUGGCGUAAGGGGAUACUUUAAACGAGCAGAGCAACCCCUAUCUACUCCCAUAACACAUGUAUAAAUAUGUAUACAUUUUGACCAA